UCUUGGUAGGACCAGACCGACAGCUUCAAAAGGAUUGUUAAGCGUUAGUUCAGACUAAAAUACCCGAUUGUUACCGGGAGAGCAAAAUGUUCAAGCUGAGCAUUUUGGCUCUGUUGCUCGUAUCGGCUUCGGCGAAAGCGGAUUACGAAGGCACAUAUAGCUGUUAUUCUGGACGAAAGGAGUGCAAAUUGACGAAUGUCAAGUAUGAAACGCGUGACGCAGUCGCAAGCAUUACCAUUCUGGGUGGCAAUGGACCGUUUUUGGAUAUUGAGUUUGUAGAUUCAUCUUUCCCGAUCAUUCCUCCGUCGUUGUUUCGCGAUAACGACAAUGUUCGGUCAAUUGCAGUGAAGGAAUGUGAAAUUGAAGCAGUAGAACCGAGAACAUUCGACAAUGCAAGAGAACUGAAAUUCCUAAAGAUACAGAAAAAUUGGCUGACAAAACUGUACAACGACAUGUUUAAAGAAACCAAGCUGGCAAAAGUGAAUUUUGGAAACAAUCGAAUCUCAGAAAUUGAAGAGUUUACUUUUAGAGGAUGUAGAGACCUGGAUACGCUGAGGAUGUCUAAAAAUAGAGUCAAAGUUCUCCCAGUUAAAAUUUUCGCUGGACUGAAUUUAUUGGAAGAUUUACAUUUAGAUCACAACAGAAUUGAAGAAUUGGAGGAGUAUUUGUUCCGAGACUUGACCAAUUUGCAGGAUUUGGAUCUUGAACACAAUUUCAUUCAGAUUCUUAAACCAAAUACUUUCUCUGGUCUAUCCAACCUACGAAAGCUGGUUCUGAAAGAGAAUGAACUAUCCUCAAUUGAUCCUCAAGCGUUCAACCCAUUGACCAAUUUGGUAGAACUUGAUUUGGAGGAAAACAACCUUAAAGUCCUAGCUCCGGAAACUUUUGCCAGAAUGACCUACCUUAAGGAGUUGAUACUAACCGAGAACUACAUCGAAGAUCUAAAUGAUCACAUUUUCGAUCAAAAUGGAAUGCUACAAACGCUUGUUCUGAACAAUAACUCCAUAGAGGCACUACGGCCUGCUCUAUUCUCAAGACUUCCCAGAUUGGAGCAGCUCUCAGUGCAGUUCAACGAGCUCGCAAGUCUUGAAGAUAAUUUGUUCUCGAGCAACCAAAAUUUGGACACCCUACACUUUGAAGGAAACGUCAUUGCCAAGAUUGCCCCUCGAGCAUUCGCCAAUCUCAGACGUCUCGAGAUUCUGGACCUGGACGACAACAAUAUAGCGUCAAUUGAUGGAGGAAUUUUCAGCGAUUUGAGCGGCUUGGAAAAACUAUUCUUGGAAAACAAUCUACUGCGAGAUUUGCGAGCUGGAUCUCUUCGAGGAGCAAGCAACUUGCGGAAGCUAUAUCUCAAAGACAACUUGAUACGGAAAGUUGACGAAUCAUUCUUCAACGAUGUUCCACAGUUGAAAAGCCUCUCGCUGCAAGACAAUCUGAUUGAUGUCCUGCCUCGGAACCUGUUUUCCAGCCUCGGUAGAUUGGAGGAAUUAUCUUUGAGUGACAACAACCUCGUUGAUUUGGAGGACGACGUGUUUCGCGCCGUUGCUGGAUCAUUGCAGGAGCUUUAUUUGGCCAACAAUAAACUGACAACCAUUCGCUCAUCAGCUCUGAAUUUGGGUUCGCUGGAGUACCUGGAGCUUGCCGAAAACUACUUGCAGGAUCUUCCCCGGAAUGUUUUCGAGCACCUGAGAAGGCUGGACUCACUAGAUCUAGAUGAUAAUAAGUUCAGCAACAUUCCAGAGGCCAUCCGAGGUUUGUCCACCUUGAAAGAUUUGGAAAUAGCAGGUAAUCGAAUUGCUCGAAUCGAUGCGCAAAUUUUGAACUCGUUGCAAAGUCUCAAGGAGCUAGAUUUAUCGGACAAUCGCCUACCGGACGUCCCCACCGACGCAUUCAACAGCCUGCGAAACCUCAAGGAACUGUUUUUGAACGAAAACCGGAUCAAGAAGAUUGCGGAAAGCAGCUUCAUGCAGAACCGUAACCUGAAGAAGCUUGAUCUGAGCAAGAAUGAAAUCGGUGAUUUGAAUCAGAAAAUGUUUUCAGGCCUGUACAACUUGGAGGAACUCAACCUGGGUGACAAUCCAAUUGGGCGCAUAGAUGAGUAUGCAUUCCGGGAUCUAUCUAGAUUGGAAUCACUAUCACUGAGAAACUCAACCUUGCCGUACAUCCAAGGAAGUCCUUUUAUGGGGCUUUCUGCGCUAGAAAAAUUGGACUUGGACUUCAACAAAUUGAAGGAACUGAACGAUGGCAUGUUCCGAGGAUUGGAGAGCAUAGAAGAUUUGCUUGUGAACAGUAAUCCCCUGACGGAUAUCCAAGUUUCUACGCUUCAUCAACUGGGAAACCUUCAAGUGCUUAGCAUCGGACCUAACGAUAUCAUCAGCUUUGACAAAGAUUUGUUCCGAUACUCUUUGCGCUUGGAAGAACUGUACAUGAGUGGAAUCGAGUUCAGCUCCCUUCCCCGGGGAAUCUUCCGUCCUACGCGUAAGUUGGAAGUGUUGUCGAUUAAUAACAACAAACAGUUAGCGUCAGUUGAGAAAGAAUGGUUUAAGGACCUGCCGAACCUCAGGGUUCUCAACCUGGUGAAUAACGGUAUUAACAACUUUCAACCGGGAGUUUUCGAUGACCUGGAGGAUCUAGAAAAUCUCUUUCUGACCGACAAUUCGGUCGCAUCUUUGGACGUUAAACUGUUUGCCAAACUUCUUCAACUGGAAGCUUUAGAGCUUGAAGGCAUGUCGUUACGAUCUCUACCUGUUGGAAUCUUUGAUAAUCUCGUAGAUCUGGAGUUGCUGGAUUUGAGCAGAAAUCAUCUGAACUCGUUGAAUAACCGAAUCUUUUACAACCUCUUCUCAUUGGAAAAACUGUCACUUGCGGAGAAUGGAAUCAGUUCACUGAGCCCAGCAUUGUUCGAUGGGUUGCGGAACCUCAACGAAGUGGAUGUUAGUCAUAACGAAUUAAGUUCUAUAGAUCCUAAUUUAUUCCGUGAUUGCUUGAACCUUGAAACACUGGAUCUGUCCGGUAACAAAUUAGCCGUUUUUGACCUUCCACGAAUGAGUUUUGCAAAGACUUUAGAAGAACUGGAUGUAUCCCAAAAUGUGCUUACAUCGCUGAUCGUAACCGAAGAGGUGUACUCGAUAAUUGCUGAUGACAAUCAAAUUAGUACGAUUGUGAUGGAUCAAUCACCAUCAUACAAUCUGGCGUUGCUGUCCCUUUCGAACAACCGACUCUCGGAUGUUUCUCCGAUCUUCCGUUUCAACAACCUGAUAUCGCUGAACAUCUCCCGAAACGACCUUUUCCAGAUGGAUUUCGGUCGGCUGACAAACUCGUUAGACGAGCUGGAAGUUCUAAAUGUGUCCAAUUGCAAGAUUUCUUCAUUCGGAGUGCAAGGACUGACCACCCACGAGUCUAUGAUAGCGUUGGACAUUUCUAACAAUGAGCUGCCGAAUCUGGAUUUUGAGAUGUUAAAAAAUUUCCCGGAUGUGGAAACGUUUGUAUUCGGUGGUAAUCGAUUCGAUCGAUUGGAUUUUGAUACACUGUUGAAUACCUUCAAGGACAUGGAGCUGGUAGGAAUGCAAGGCACCGAAUGGGAUUGCGGGUCAUUGGACAGAGCUGCUCACAUUUUCGAAGACAAUGACGUGGAUUUUUGGAAGAGCGGACAUUUGGAAUCAUGCAGGGGAAGAAAUAUUAAUGGAAUCUGUUGCAAGUAGUG